AAUAGCCCAGUGGACUGGACAAACAUGAACAUUCUGGGUUUGGUGGAAAUAAACAACUGGAUAUUAACGCUUGUCUUGCUGUGUAUUUCAGCUUUACUAUACUCCCGAUGGAAGCACAGUUUAUUUAAACAGUAUGGAAUUCCUGGUCCUUCCCCCACCCCGUUUUUCGGCGUGGCUCUCAAAUAUAACCGAAAGGGUUUGGCAGUCACAGACCAGGAGAUGGUUAAGACGUACGGCAGUGUGGUCGGAGUAUACAUGGGACACUCACCCCUGCUUCUGGUGUCAAAUCCUGACACAAUUAAAGAAAUAAUGGUUAAGGACUUCUCGAGAACUCCCAAUAGACCAAAGACGUUUAGGCCAACAAAUGAGAUGAAGCACGGCUUGCUAGGUACGGACAAUGACCACUGGCGAUUUCUUCGGAACACUCUUCUUCCAACCUUUUCCUCAGGCAAAAUGAGAAUGAUGGAACCAUUAUUUAAAGCAAAGUACGAACAGCUACUGGAGAAUCUCAAUAAUAAAGUCAAAACUGGAAAACCAAUAGAGUUCAAUGAGGUAUUCGGUGCUUACACAAUAGAUGUUAUAGCGUCCACUGGAUUUGGUGUCGACAUCGAUUCGCAGAAAAAUCCCGAGAGUGACUUCGUCAGACAUGCCAAACCAUUCUUCAAUGUUACAUUCGGCCUACUGUUGUUAUUAAUUUUAAUGUUUCCAAAAUUUAAUGCUGUGUUGGACUGGUUUGGAAAAUCUCCUUUGAACCGAAUUGAACCUAUGGCUUUCUUCAGAAAUGUUACCAACCAAGCCAUUGGUCUCCGAAAAGAUGAUGAAGAGAAACGCAAAGACCUGCUGCAGAUGAUGUUGAAUGCGCACCAUGAUACUGACGUCAACGAUAAUGAAGUGAAACAAUAUUACCAAAACCCUGACAAAUGGAAGUCAAGAGGAUUAUCGAUGGAGGAAGUUCUGGGAAAUUCCAUUCUUUUCAUGUUGGUCGGGUAUCACACCACCUCUAAUGCUCUCACUUUUGCCUCGUAUAAUCUCGCUACAAACCCGGAAUGUCAAGAAAAACUGAUUGACGAGAUCGACACCGUUCUUGGGAAGGAGUGCCCUAAUUAUGACAACGUACAGAAACUGGACUACCUGGACAGAGUGUUCUGUGAGACACUGAGACUGUACCCCUCAGCUGCCAGGUUUACUCCGGAAAACAAAGCUAAGAGACACCCUUAUGCCUAUCUCCCGUUUGGACAUGGACCACGCAGCUGCAUAGGCAUGCGCCUCGCCCAGGUGGAGAUGAAGUUUGCAAUGACCUACAUACUUCAACACUACAGAUUCAAAACUUGUGCGGAAACAGAGAUUCCUCUGACAAUAUCCAAAGCAGCAUUAAUAAAGCCAGAAAAUGGAGUCAAACUACUGCUGGAACCCAGAGCUUGAACAUCAGAAACGUUCAUAUUCCUACACCAAAUAGGGAACAUUGAGAGCAUCUUUUAUAUAUAUAUAUAUAUAUAUAUAUAUAUAUAUAUAUAUAUAUAUAUAUAUAUAUAUAUAUAUAUAUAUAUAUAUAUAUAUAUAGAAAGCACAAAGAUAUUCACUUUUAUAAGGAUACCCACUUCCGCCCCAGCCCGGGUUUGAGUUGUUGUAAA